AUGGUCUCAACUGAAGGUCGUUGGCGGGGUGCUGUAUUACCAGAAAAAUCAAGAUUACCUCCGGCGCAUUGUGGGUCUGCCGAAGGCGUUCACGAACCACAAGACGGUCGAUCAGUGGGAUACAUGUCUGUCACGCUGCUUGCUNUGAAGGUCGUUGGCGGGGUGCUGUAUUACCAGAAAAAUCAAGAUUACCUCCGGCGCAUUGUGGUCCCAGUUACGGCCGUCAACCAGGUGUUAAAGCGUCUUCAUGAGGAGCUGGGGCACGCGGGCCAAAACAAACUAGAGGAUGCUGCAAGGAGGCGGUUUUGGUGGACUCAUAUGAGGCGAGAUAUUGCCAAUUUCUGUUCAGCCUGCACCGAAUGUGGCCAGUUAAAAAACCCUACCCCAACAGCACGAGCUCCGUUACAGACGGUGAGAGCAGGAUUUCCCAAUGAAAUACUGGUUGGACCGUCAGGAAAUCGGUACAUUCUGGUGAUGGUGGACUAUUUCACCAAAUGGUGCGAAGCAGCGCCGAUUCCAAAACCAGAUGCUUGGACGGUAGCCAAAACCGUUUUCACAGAGUGGUUCGCUCGCUGGGGUGUUCCAUAUCAAUUGCACACUGACCAAGGGUCGAAUUUCGAAAGCAUGUGUCCCAGCAAAGCUCCACAGAGCAUGGAAGGGUCCCUACCUUGUAGAGCAGGUGUUGUCCGACGUUCUCUACCGCCUCACCCUACCACAGCGACCCCAGUGGUCAGUUGUCGUCCACGUCAACCGACUGAAGAACGCCAAAAACGUCUUAGAUAG